AUGGCGGACAUGUAUGGGGAUAGUGAGCUUCAAACUCUGCGGAAUCGUUUUAAAAAAGAUGCAGAGUUGCUACUGCGUGGAGUUUCAGAAGAUGAUAGUAGCGAAAAGAGUGCAGAGGACAAAGAGGUCAAGCCACUCCCACGAGUCAAUCGCCACUCGGUGUUCUGGAUCUUGGCCUCCAUUGGGCUGACGUACUAUGUCGAUUUCUUUGCCGUCAUCAUGGAGGACGAAUCCAUCAAAAGCUGGUGGUUCAACGUUGGCCUGGUAUUGCUGGGUGUGAGUUUAGCACUAGCGCUGUUUUGCAUUGUGUACCUGGACUGGUUCAAGGGCAUUCAGCAGUACGAUGAGCAGUACCCAGCCAUUGCGCCCGUCACCACAGCAGUCUUCAUUGCCGCGUCGUGCAGCUUUAACAUAGCACUAUGGCCUGUGUGGUCGAUAUUUACUCCCAUAAUCCUGUUCACCCAGUUUAUGGGAGUGUUGAUGUUCAUCUCCAUGCUGGGCUAGUGGAUUUGAGGUUUCUCUCCAUGUGGUUGACUUUGGUUUGGAAAACAUUAACGUAAUGUCACUCACUUAUACUGAUGAAAAGAGAGCUGUUCUUGACAUUUAGCACUUUCGUUAUAAUUUUGUUGAAAAUGCAAAAAUACCAAGGCUUUUUUGUUUUUAAUCAA